GCUUUUCAGGGCUCAAGUUCUAGAUCUUGAGCAAUCACGAUGGAAAGCACCAGUGGUCCGGCAACCAUAGUGAAUGAUUCUAGCAGAGAGGAAGGACAUACACCGAGUGAAACAGCACCUCUCCUGCAAAAGCGUGCAAGGGACGUCACUGGCAAGAUAGUCAGUACUAAUGUCAGCCUUCUGGUUGCUGGGUUAAACGACGCCGCUUUGGGAGUCCUCAUCCCAUACAUCCAACCAACCUACGGCGUCACCCUCUUCCAGCUCUCCCAGAUCUACCUCGUAAACUGUGCCGGCUGUCUUGCAGCAUCUUUCUCCAAUAUCCAUGUGUGCUCGCUCAUCGGCACGGGCGGCACGUUAGUGCUAGGAGCAGUGAUCCAAACAUGCGGAUUCGCACUGAUGUACUGGCACCCUCCCUUUGCACUCUUUGUCGCUGCCUUCUUCUUCACUGGCAUGGGAGGUGCCUAUCAGGAUGCCCAAGCGAAUACAUUUACAACAACAGUGGAUAAUGCGCAUCGCUGGCUGGGAAUCUUGCAUGCAGUAUAUGGCGUUGGCACAAUUAUCUCACCUAUCGUUGCGAAUGUGAUUGCCUCGCGGACGCCAGUCUGGCAUGACUUUUACUUCGUGAUGAUGGGCUUGGGACUGUUGAAUUUCUGUCUUUUGAGGUGGACAUUCCGAGAAGGUCUAUUCAAGCCUAACAACAGAAAUGCGAGCGGAACAGCUGGCAGCGAAUUGAAAGCUACGCUAUCUAAUAAAGCGGUCUGGAUUCUCAGUGGAUUCUUCUUUUUGUAUGUCGGCGCAGAGGUCACUGUCGGUGGCUGGAUGGUCCAAUUCAUCGUCUCCGUAAGAAAUGGGGACCCAAAACAAGUAGGCUACAUAGCCUCCGGAUUCUGGGCGGGGUUCACACUAGGCCGUGUUGCUCUCGCAGAUAUCACGCACUAUUUUGGAGAACGUCGGAUGGUGUUUGUCUACCUCACUUUAGCUGUCAUCAUGCAGCUCCUUUUUUGGCUGGUUCCAAAUAUCAUUGUAAUUGCUAUCGCGGUUUUCCUAUUAGGAUUCGUCAUCGGGCCGUUUUAUCCCAUUGGACUUUAUGUUCUUACCCAGGUGGUGCCAGAUAACCUUCGAAUUGGGGCUUUAGGGCUCGCGGCGAGUCUGGGACAGGCGGGCGCCGCUGCCUUCCCUUUUAUGACGGGCGCUAUCGCUUCUCGGGCUGGUGUCCAAGUGAUGCAGCCGAUCAUGCUGGGUUUGCUUAUUGGGAUUGGUUUGUUCUGGGCUUCGCUUCCUAGACAAGGGGCAAUUAGCAUUUAGAGAUUGCGGGCGAGCCAUGGUAUCCUAGAGGCCAGGGACUACGGCAAUGUACAGUUGGAUUAGAGGAGGAGUCAAUAAAUGAGGUAGAGAUAAACUAGUGACUAACGGUCGUAUAAUGCCUGCGGCAAAC